GAACAAGUUAACAAGCAAAUACGCGAGUGGGAAACUAUCGUGCAAAAAAAUAGGUGUGAGUAAUUUCACAACGUCGCCCAAUCGUUUCAACCAGUGUAAAAAUAGAAGAAAGUUAUCAGUUAUAUCACGGCCGUCAGAAGGCCCCGAUCAAGUGCAAAUCAAACAACCCACGGCCACUGGUUCCGUGCGUGCUUCGAAACUAAACGGGUUUACCCUGGAUUCGUACGCUAACCGCAAUAAUUACAACAGUUUGAAAAUGGUGGUCGCCACCAAGGAAUCUAUACCCAUAAUGUCCAAGACUGGCUUCAAAACGGUCGGCAUCGGUGCCAACGUCCGCUCUACGUUGGUGGCCGCCUCCGCCGAACAUCGGGUCGUUGCCGGAAUGACCGCAGCGAUUCGCAGCCUGACCGAGGAACCGCACAAAUUCGUGUUCUGUUUCAUCGUUCAACCAAAAGCGAACGACAGUGGAGCUCACAUGCAAGAGGUUCUGCUGGAAGCGUUCUGUUUCGAGAAUGACAUCUACAUAAUUAAGGUCGACAGUGCGGAAAAGUUAAGCCGAUUAUUGGGCACCGCUUGUCUGGUAUCCUGCGCUUUGGUUCGAAAAGCCGAUUCCAUCACCAGCAGCAGCAGCGAGGACUGCUAUUCUCGCAGUGAAAACAUCCUAAUCGAUCACUGUGAGUUCUAUUGGGACGAACCGGUGAAACCCGUCAUUAAACUACCGGAAAAGUGAAUCCAUCGACGACGACGACGACGACUGCAAAACGUUGUUUAAACAGUGAUAAGGGCUUGAUUUAGCGUCAGAAAGCUAUCUAAUGUAAAUGAGAUAACGAGAGCUGCUGCUCUCGACUUCUAAAACAAUGCCUCACAAUGGCAGGUAUAUGAUUAGCUGGAAGCCUAUAGCUGAACAGUUCAGUUCGUAUGUUGUAAUGGACUAUCGUAUAGAUUAAACUCGGCUCGAGUGCCGAACUACGGAUGUACGCAGUGAGUGACAGUGUUUAACCCCAGUGAUGUAGGGAAGAUAUAUUGAUAUGAAGACUACCACUUAUAGAACGAUUCAAGAGUUACGAAACAUUGUCAGUAUAGUCACUAGUGGAUCCAAUCUUACUUUAUCCUCUACUACAACAUAAAGCAAAAACUGAAUGCGGUUUUACGUAGAUCAGUUUGUUAUUUUAAUCAUUUUAAAUAAUCGAUAUCACGGAUGGCACGAAGCAUUACUUUGUACAUAAAACUAAUCACGAUAGCUUAGUAGUGAUAGUGGUGAUUAUGGACUAUAAUUUAAUUGGUGAAAUAAAAGCAAA